AGAGUAGGAAUUUCAUUGUAUGGUGUAACUGCUCGUGUUUACUGUGCACACAAUAAUAAACUUCUUGAAUCUUGAACCACCUUAAACGCCUAAUAACUAACAUGUUAUAUAAGUUAUAUCAGACUUGUCUAACCUGAACAAAAAAACUGUAAAAACGACAUGUUGCAGUGUUACGGCAGGUUUAUCUGCCUGAUUUUAUCUUGGCUGGGAGCAGUGACUUCCGUAUGUCUCGUCUCAUUGUGACUUGCCAAAUAGCCAGCAGAGAUUACAGUAAGCGAACAAGAUAUAUUGUAUUUAUUAUUGAGCUUUAUAGGUGCUGGUAGGAGGAUUUCAUCACUUUUGGACAGAGCCAGUACUGGACUUAAUAAUCAUGACCAUUCAUAUGGCAACCAACGAGGCAGCACUGAAUCAGACUGCAGCCUCUCUGAUGGCUUCAGACUCCUCUCUGAGGGAUCUGGCUGAGCGGAUGUCACACGCAGAGGAUGCAGUCCACAGGACACAGGACCUUAACCUGAAGAGUGGUACUACCCUUCAACAUCUGCAGCAUCUUCAAGCUCAGGUGGAAAAAGAAAAUAGCACGCUCCUUCCUGUGACUGAAAUGACGAGAGACCUGCUAAAGAAUAUAACCGACAUCCUCUUAAUGCUCGAGGAAAUUAAAUUAGAAUUUGAAAAUCAUGCAGCUCAGCUAGAUGGUGCCAAGCUGAAGCUCUUUAACAAGUUAAACCACAUCCAACGAAUUAUGGCAAAGGUGGACAUAACCAAGGUUGAGGAGCAUGCAGAGGAGCUCAACAGACUGGCAACAGAAUUUCAACAAGUGCUUCAUAAUGCCACCAACAGUACUGACCUGCACAGUGUCCUGGGUACAGGUGCUUACAAUGGCAUCAUAAAUGCCUUGGAAAAGGCAGAGAUGGCAGCAAAUCAGUCCAGCGAGGCUUCGGAGCAAGCCUUAAAGGAUGUGAAAGGGGGAGGUCUGGUCAACAGGGCAGAAGGACUCAAAGAUAAUUCGUCCCAUUUACAAACAGAAGCCAACGAGACUCAGACUGACCUUGAAAUGCUUUCACAUACAGUGAAUGCCCACAAAGUCCGUGUGAAUAAGCAAAAGGAAAAGGGAGAAUCACUGAGAAUGGACAUCUCAACAAUCAGUGAUGACCUCAAAAAGAUCAAAAGAAAUGACUCCGAAGUCCUUAUAGAAUCUGCAAAAACAGCUGCCUCUGCUUCUAACUACACUGUCAGUAAUGUAACAGAAAGACUGAAGAAUAUCAGCCAGGAACUGGAGAGAAUAACUUUCCACAAUGUCAGUUUGAAUGUAGAUGACAUAUUAAAUGAUUCAGACCUGGCAUUGGAGAGCUUAAACGCAUCCUUCUCCGUGUUGAGUGACAACAUCACACAAGUUGAGGCUUUCAGUAGGGAAUUGUCUCCUGGUGCCAACAUGACAGAAACCAUCAGACAAAUUAAGGAUUUGAUAGAGGAGACAAGAACUUUUGUUAAUAGGCUCCCCUUAGCAACCACUUUCAAUGGAAAGGGUCACAUUGAGCUUCAUCCUCCAAGAAAACCUGAAGACAUAAAAGCUUUUACAGCUGUUGAUCUGCUUCUCAAUCUUCAUCAAAACAAUCAUUCCAAGGCUAACCGCAGGCGAAAGCGACGCCAGGGCAAACACAAAGAUGCCAACUUCUUUGUUUUCUACCUGGGCAACAAGAAUGCUUCUGGAGACUACAUUGGGAUGGCUAUCAGACGCAAUGUGCUGAUUUGUGUCUACAAGUUGGGUGGAGUUGUCCAUGAGGUGGAAACCAGUCAAAUAACAACAACUACCAAUGUGAAAUCCUUCGACUUUGACAGGGUUAUGUUUUACAGAGUUUACCAAGAUGCUGAGGUUAACAUUACGCGGAACUUCACAUCACAGAAGCGUGUCAGCCUCCCUCUGAAACGUAACCUUCCAAACACGAUGACUGGCAUUCUUGACCUGGAUCCAAACAACUUAGUUUUCUACGUUGGCGGCUACCCUGAAGACUUUACUCCUCCGGCGGAGCUGCGUUACCCCAAGUACAGGGGAGCCAUGAAACUCUCCUACAUCAAUGACAAUCCUGUUUGCCUGUUCAACUACAAGCGUGCCAUCAAUGUGAAUACAACACAGUGUGCUGUGACGAUUCCCCGGUUAGAGGUGACUGAUUAUUAUGAGGGAACUGGUUACCGCAUGGCGUGCAUGAAGACGAUCAUAAAGAUGCCAAACACAAACAAGAAUAUACUGUUGAAAUUCCACACAAACAGCCGAGAAACCAACGCCUUGUUAUUCUACAUCGAAAAUGAAUUACAGGAGUCUUUUUUCUAUGUGUUUGUGGAGCAAGGCUUCCUGAAACUUCAAGGACAACAAGCAGGUCAAGAGCUCAGAGCUCAGAGUGCUGAAAAAGUGUCUCUAUUUGACAAAUAUUUUGUAAUUUAUAUUGCAGACAAAUUUACUGUGCAAUAUCAACAUGAGCAAAAUAUCCACACAGAGCACAUUCGAUCAAACUAUAGUAGUUUUUACAUUGGGGGUCUACCAGCACAGCUCAGACAGAGACAUAACAUCACAGCUCCACCACUGAGAGGAUGUGUGGAUCGAGUGAGAUUAAAUGGGGAUACCAUUAAGUACAACAGGACGAUUGGUGUCAGUGAUAGAUGUCCACACACAUUACUGGGUGUUCGUGCAGCUACAUUAUAUUCAGCUCUGUCUGUUGAUUCUCUGUUUGUCCGGAACAAACAGCCGAUCUCUCUGGGCUUCAGGAGCAAAGACAGACAUGGUGCUAUUCUCAGGAGCAGGUCUCAGGGCUCCACCUCUGUCAACAACUUUCAGCUGUCCCUGUCUGAUGGCUAUGUAGUAUUUAGUAGUGAUAAUCAUACCUUGAAGUCAGAUAAAAGGUACAAUGAUGGGAGCUGGCACUACUUGUCUGCAGCGACGAGGCCAACAGGGUUGGAGCUCAGCAUUGAUAAUGUAAAUGUGACUCAGGAACAAUCUCCCCAUAUCAGACUGAUGGAUCAAAACUUGAACGGAAAAACAUUUGAAGGCUGCAUCGCUAACCUUUAUUCAAGGUCUCAGCAGGGAAUUAUACCUGCUGAUCUAAGCUUGUCCCAAAUGGGAAAUGAGAUCCUUGGCCUGUGCAGUCUCGAUUCUCCACCACAAACUGGACAUUCACCAGCACCUAUGCUAUCCAAACACAAACAUACUCAGGACCCAGCAGGCACCCAGUGUAGACCCCAGCAACCACACCGUGGUGGAUACCAGCUCUCUGAGGCAAACAGCUGGCUCAAUUACACCGUUCCACAAGAGGAUCUUAAUUACAGGCCUCACUUCUCUCUAGAAGUCAAGACCAAGUCGUCCAAAGGGCUGAUCCUCCACUUGUCAGGGAGAGGAGUCAUCCCCCUGCUGGCUCUAUACAUGGCUAAUGGCAAGGUCAAGAUGUUCCUCGGGCAAGAGAGAAUCAUCUUCCACAAACAGAAGAGCAACGACGGGAAAUGGCACAAAAUUGAGUUCAGUGUGGAGAGCAGUAAUUUUCAUCUGCUGGUUGAUGGAAUCCGUGUGACUGAUGGUGUUUUGCCCAACAAUGAGGGAUCAGCUUUAGAUCUGCACAACCCUGUGUAUCUGGGAGGUGAUCCGCUAAGGAAAAUCUCACACAUAUAUGACAUUCCCACGGACAGUAUUAUUGGCUGUAUACGGAAUUUCAAAAUAAAUGAGGAAGCUAUUGUGAAACCUAAGGCAAGCCACAAAGCUUUACCCUGCCUCGAUGAGCACAAUGUGAUGGGGACAUACUUUGGCGGCGGUCACAUCAUCUUAGAUAAUUACUUUACUGCUGGCUCUGACUUUGUGUUGGCCUUCGAGCUGCGUCCUCAACGCCUGACAGGUCUUCUUUUCCACGUUCAAAGUCACAAGGCUAGCCUUAAUGUGUUCUUAAUGGAGAACAAGGUGGGUGUCGAAGUGAAUGAUGGUAAUAGAGCUGUUAGUGUUGAAGUGACUCCUCCUCAAAACCUCUGUGAUGGAAAAUUUCACAUGGUUUCAGUGUCAAAAAAACAUGAAGUUAUCAAACUAACGGUGGACUCCGUGUCUGACCAGAGAGAUGGCCCCUCUAAGUUGCACUCAACCAAGGGUUCACUUUACAUUGGAGGGAUAGCAAAGCAAAAUGGAAGCCCUGUGUCCUCACCAUUUGUUGGCUGCUUGCGAAAUGUGAAGGUUGAUGAUAAGCCUGUUGCAUUUGAGACAGGAUCCAGGGUGGUUGGCCUUGUGAGCAUCAAUAAAUGCCCCGUAGACUGAGGACAUGUAAUGAAUGAGUGGCUCCACAGGGUCCCUUUGGCAUCAUUACAAAGUCAUACAGUGCAGGCAAGCCUUGUUGAAAAUCACUGAACGUUUGUUAGUUUGAAAUUCUUCAAGUUUCUAAAGAUACCAAAAAAUGUCAGAAUGAAUUGAUGUUCACUAAGCCCUGUCUAGCUUUUCAUUCUCGUAUGGCACAUACAUGUAGUUUACUGUGAUAACAAUGGUAGAUUUAUCACUCAACAUUCUAAGUAAUGCUAAUUUUAGCCUACACUUUGAUAUAUUAGCAUCAGUGAUGAAAUACUACACAGUGGAUGUACUAGUUGUGAACAGGGCUUUUUAAACUUAACCUGUAACCCCACAAAACAAUCUUGCAUGAAAUGCUGCCAGACUUGAUCACACAGUGUUAUCCAUUCUUUAUACUUUUACUCUUGUAUUUUGGAGACGGUUAAAAACCGCCAUCCAAACUCAUAAAAUACAGAAUAUCGCUAUUAUUAAAGCCCCAUGGACAUCUCUUCAGCAUGUGGAGAAAUUCACAGCUUGACAAGCCUGCCAUGCCUAGUUACGGAGGCUGAACUAUGAUUGGACAAUUUCUUUUUGGGGGAGGGGUUUAGCGAAUGGUCAAUUACAGAGAAAUGUGCAUAAAAUUCUGUACAAGACGCCCAAAUUUCCAUGUGAUGCAAUGAUGCAGCCAUAAAACAUAGACAUUAGCAAUAUAUGUUGUUAAAAUGUUGAAAAAUGUUUUACACACUUGGGGAAUUUAGGGGAAAUACUGGGGACAUUAGGAUUCAAGCAGUAACUAACAUCUCUAAAGCGCUUUUCUAACACUGUCCAGACCUAAAUUACAUGAAAAACACAGAGUAAUAAAGCUUUUGAUUGACCUUUUGUGUUAAAAAUGCAUAUAUAACGUUAGAUGUUACCAUAAACAUGUUUGUGCCUGUGGCAGAAUUUCUAUUUGGCAAU